AUGGUCAACAAGAUUCUGUUCUGGUCAGGCUUCGGCAUGGCUGUGCGAUUCUGGCAGCUCGGCAUUGAAAUGCGACCCUUCUUCCAGCGCGAGAACUGGAUCAUUUACCCCAUAUACGGCAGUCUCGGUGCGUCAUUUGGCUACUGGCUGCAAGGAGUGGAGGAUAAGCAGAUGCGAUAUCUUGGAGAGACACGACAGAGGUUGAUUGAGAAGCGGCAACGGCGUGCGGAGAGGGAGGGUGGAUUGAAUGCUGGUUCCGAUGCGCAGAAGAAUGGAGAUGGGCUAUUCGCAACUCAGGCGGCAAGCGAGAGGGCUUCAGCGUAG